GAAGAACAGUGCAACAGACACCCACCACGUCGCGCAUUCAACACUGACACCACACACAUACACACAAGCGGUGCAGAAUGUCCUCACUGGAUGCGGCAGAAGCCACACAGUACGACAGGCAGAUUCGCCUGUGGGGACUGGAGGCGCAGAAAAGGAUAAGAGCAGCACGGUUGCUCGUGUUUGGUGCCGGCGGUCUCUCCGUCGAGACAUGCAAGAACCUGGUCUUGGCAGGCGUCAAGUCAUUGACGCUCGCAGACGACACUCCCGUCACAGCACGUGACCUGACAGCACAAUUCUUCCUCCACCCAGACGAUCUCAACAAGAACCGUGCAGAGGCCACCGUGCCCCGUUUGCAGGCACUGAACCCCAAGGUCGAAGUCUCGGCCGUCACAGGCUUGAAGCCGACCCAGCUCACCGCAGACGCUGUCGCCAACUAUGACGUCGUCAUUGUCACUGACGCCCUCUUCCAAGACGUGGCGGCAGUGGACGACCUGUGCCGCUCGCAAGGCGUCAAGUUCUAUUACGGCCUUUCGCUCGGCUUCUUUGGCUUCUUCUUCCAGGACCUCAACCACCACGACCACCUUGUGGAGAAGAAGAGCGUCAAUGUUGAUGACGCCUCAACUUCGGAGCUCGUCUCAAUCGAUUUCGCCUCUUGGGCAAGAGUGCUGCAACACAACUUCAAGGGAACACGCCGGCGCUCGCUGCCUCACCUCUUCCUUGUGCUUCGCGCAUUCCACCAGUGGCAAGCUUCCAACCCUCUGCCUCAGGGUGUCACACCUGAGCUGCUUGAGCACGUGGCUCGCGUCUUUGCGGCCAGCGGCGUGGAUGAAAACACCGUCAACAGCGACUUUGUUGAGCGCGUACUGAUGAGCACACACGCGGAGUUGUGCUUGGCCACGGCUGUUGUCGGCGGCGUGCUUUCUGGUGAAGUCAUCAAGGCUGUCUCGGGCAAGGGCGAACCUCUGAACAACUGCUUCUGCUUUGAUGGCUUUGAAUCUGACGGCCGUGUGUUUGAGCUUGGAACCGCACAGGACGACAGCGACGCGGCGAGCAGCACAGCCGCCCCUCCCGUGCAGGAAGAAGCAAUCGUUGAACUGUAG